CGCGUAAUAAGGAAGUUGCGUUACCGCCACCAGUGGUUCAGUUAGAUUGUGAAUCAAACUUAUCAGAAGCUAAAAGAAAUGAACCGUGGGUUAUCUGAUCCUAACGCCAAAAAUCACUUACAAGCAAAAGAUUUAGUCCUGUGUAAUGAAAUCUCUACAUCACUAGGUGAAUUUAAAAAGUAUUUAGCUGAACAAAAAAAGCAUCGAGAGGAGUUGUCUGCUUUAUCCUAUGAUCAUUUAAUUAAUUUACGUGAUGAAUUGAAGAGCUUGCAUCAAUUAGUGUCUUCAUCAAUAUCUGGUCUACGUCACACAGCUACAGCUAUCUCACGCUUGAAAACAGAUGUGUUAAAAGAAGAGAAAAAUGCUGAAAUAGCGCAUAAAACAUCUGAUCAUGGAUUAAGUGGCAAAGGGGAUAGUAGUGAAAUAUCAAGUUAUUUUAUGAAAAAAAUCUCUGAUUUCGAUACAAGAAUUCGUCUAUAUAAAAAAGAAUUAGAAGUAUUUGAAGAGAAUGUUUAUUCACAACAGUUAAAUCCAUUGACUCCACGAGAUCUUCUCAAUGUCCUACAACGAAUGGAUCAUGAUUUUGUUGGCCUGGCAGCUCAGUUAUAUACUGUUUAUGAGAAUAUGAAAACACUAAAAGCAGACUAUUUAAAACAAUAUCGUAUUCAUUAUGGAUCAGCUCGUAAUCCUUUUGGUGAUAAUGAUGAUUUAUAUUUCAAAAGUGAAGCAGAAGUUGACAACUUAUUUGGCACAAGUUUAACUAAGGGGAAAAAAGGUUCAUCUUUUAUAACACCCUAUGGUCCUUCACCAUUUCCAACAUCUGAUAUAUCUGUUACAUCAAAUUCUACUAUUGGUAGUGUAGAAAAGACUACAGGUGUUCCAUCCACUUCUGUUAUUUCAUCAAGUAAUGCACAAUUAGGUCAACAAUUUGGAACAAAUACACUUAGUAGUCAACCUGCAUCGUCUUUUCUUGGACAAUCUGGAGCCUUCAGUACUGCUACAUCUAAUGCAAAUGUUACAUCAUCAACAGGUCUGAUAAAGCCAACAUUUGGAUUCUCAUCCACGACUACAAGUUUACCAUUGUUUGGUCAAACUAGUGGUAUAGGUUCACUAGGCGGUGGACUUACCAACACUAUUGGUGGCGGAAUAGGAGAUAGUCUAUUUGGAAAGAGACUAGCAUCAUAACGAAGGGGGUUAGAAACUGUAUAAAAUUUCUGUUGUACACUUUCUACUAAUUUCAACUUCAGUAUAUUUGUGUAUUACAAUACUCAUUGUAUAUAAGUUAUUUUUUUUAAUAAGAAUUAUUGCGUUGUG